AUGGCUGUAGUAGAGGUGGAUUUGGUUAGCAGUGGUGAACGAAUAAGGUUAGACAAACCUACAUUCGACCAUAUAGCUUCAGGUCACUUUAGGGUUGACUCCCCCAGCUGCCAAGAGCGCGUUGCGGUCAAGUGCCUGACAUGUAGACAACAGCUAUGGGUUAAGGACGAAGAGGGCUGCUUGCGGCUGGCGUUUCGGAAAGGACAGCAAUCCAAUGGAGUGCAGAGAGGCUAUCUCAUCAGCGCAAAGGUGCCCCGAGCAAAGCAGGCCAGGUCUCUUGUUUGCCUCAGCUGCAUAGGGAAGCUACUUGGCAAGGUUGUGGAAGCAGCCGACGGCAGGACCAUUGCGUUAAGCGAGCGGCUGGAUGAUGGUGCCAACACAUCAAUUCUACAGCAGCAUCCCGCUGGCUACUGGACGCAGGUAUUGGCGCUAGAUGACGCGUUGAUCUCGUUUCUCAGAGGCCAGAACGAGGGCACCGUAGAGCGUAAAAAGCGUCAGCUCACGGCUGCUGAGCAGGUUAUCAACAAAGGUGGCGCCAAGGGAUUGCAACCAAGAGUGCGCGAGCCUGAAGCGCCGGAAACAAAUGGAGAGGAGCGCGCACCCGCAACUAGCAUAAAAGCUCAAGCGUUGAGCUACCUGAGGAGAGUGGAUGAGGGGAAGGACUGCCAGAUCUUCCUGCCAGUCGGAAGCAUUCGAGCACCGUUGCUGUCGAUGUACAUGGGCGCUUGGGACCAUAACGGAGUUGGCCGGCCAAAACCCCUGGGAAAGCCGGACAAGAGCCACGCGCUGCAGGAGAUGGCGAGGUGGAACGCUCUUGGGGUGCUCUGCUGCACGUGUCAUCGAGGAAGGUUAACGGAGAGCGCUCCGUGUGUUCACAAGCUGGUUCUAGCGGCGUUGAGCGAGAGCUGGGCUCCAAACGGAGAGCUGCCGACCAGUGAGGCCCUUGGGCAGGGAGUGAGCGUCGAGCGGGUCUCAUGGGACGGCAAGGGGUCGUACUAUGCGGUGGUCGACAACCCCAGAAGCCCCUCGUGCCCCAAGCGGCGCAUGCUCUUUCACAGUGUUGCCGGAAAUUGGUACUGCGAAGGGAAGAGGGACGGUUGCCCAUCGCUAACAGAGUGCGUCCACAUAAGCACGGCGCGGGCUGCUCUUGCAAAAGGGGAUGUGCCGGACUGCGCGAGGCUGGCGUUUGGAUUGGCCCCAUUUGCCAAGGCAGCAAUUGCUUGGUUAGAGAAAUGGAUCGAAGGGGAGUUGCCGCAAAUCGGGGGUGGAAAGGCGGUACCGGCAGAGGUUGCCUCGCAGGAAAGCCUCGUGCCUCGAGAAGGAGGGGAGCUCACAGGUGAGCAGCAAUACUUGUUGGGGCUGCUUCAGAGGCGGCCACACGAAGGGGCGGCGUGUGCAGGAGAGGGGUGCUUUUGCAAACGGCACGCGGCCUUGUUCGGCGAGGCACGCCCAAUGGAGACGGAGGGUCACGAAACCCGAGUCAUGGGACGAGAGGAAGAAGGGGGUGCUCAUGAGCCGCCUGCAGGCAAGCGGAGGAGAAGGGGCAAGAGUUUCUGGGAGAAGCAAGCACGUGCGCCCAUCUUAGGGCAGGGCCGACCGGCGGAACCUGAGGGGACGGUGCCGCCGUUAGACGCUCGCGGGAAGGAGGCCAUCCACGGCUGGGUUGCGGCCUGCUCGAGCUGUACGCUGAGCUCGCUAAAGGCCGAAGGCGCUUGCGCGCACGCGGUUCACGAACGGGCCCAAUGUCCUGUGAUGCUGCUGACUACGGAAGCCAUUCAGGUUUCCAAACCAAAGUUGGCAAGGCCCAGCGACGCCUCAACUGUCCACGACCCUCUGGUCACGUGCCUCCAAUCCCCCGUGCCCCUGAGCGAGCUCAGAGACUGCCACUUUGCCGAGCUCUCCCGACGCGGCCUCCUGAGCGCCCCUUGCCCAAUUGAAGCACCCCCUUGCGGAACUCAAUGGGUGGAGGCCUGGGUAGAGGCCACCGUUGAGGCGUCGGCGUGGAGCAAGAAGGUGCGAGUACGGCUGUACCAUUGUUCGUGCCUGGACCGGGCCCAUGCCGUCCACUUUGACGGGGAGCAUUUCGGGCUCUACGUCUGGUCAAAACGUACGCUUUUUCAUCAACAAAGCCUUCAGCUCCUCCUGCGAGGCAUGCAAAGCGGCCAAUCUUUCAGAGCCGUGCUCGCGCGCGAUCAGGCCGCGUUCGAGUACACCCCAACCGCGGCGGUUCUGAGCGAGGAGACGUGGCGUCGGGCGAGCCUCGACUUCUUCAAGCUGGUUGGGCUGGGGCUUCGGGAUUGCUGCUCGCUCUGUGGACCACAUCCAAAUGUGCUCAUCUGCGACGGCAUAGUGGGCUUAGCCAGCGCGGACGGCGCGCAGAAGCCGGGGGGUCUUGGGAGCUCUUUGCUUGACGCGCCGCGGGACGGAAAGCUCGGGGAGAGGUUGUCAAAGACGGAGUUCAAUGCGCUCCUGAACGGGCUGGCUCACGAGGACCCCCAGACCGUGAAGCGUUUCGGGCCGGAUGAGGCGGAGAGGUCGCUUCCCGAGGACGGCAGACGGCGCAUGCUUACUGAGCAGCGCACGAUGGUGCGAGACCGGAACCUGGCCGUCUUCAAGUUGCUGACGGGGAUCCAGGGUGACUUUGAGAGGCGAGGGUUGAGCCCAGACCUGUGGCAGCACUGGGUUGGAGAGUGGACGGAAAUCCUCUAUUGCCUGGGCGCGCAUGACAGCGACGAGGAUCUGAUCGGACCUGGCGCAUUGCACGUGAUCCGGAGGCUUUUGCUGGGGAGCGAGGCAACUCUCGAGGACAGGCGAGACUUGGCAAGGGACGCGCCCAUCUUGCGACGCAUCCUAGACGCGUACGGCGGCCUCACGUUUCCGGCCUUCUCCACGCGCACCCUCUACCAUCUCUACCUCAUCACCGUCUUUUUAAGGGGUGCAACGGGUUUCGAUGCCGAUGGGCGGCGCGGCUGGGUGCACGAGGCGCUCGACCCCUUUAACCGAGCUGUCAACCUUCUUACGAAGGCUCGAGCACGUCCCCUUAGCAUCGAGGAGCGACGGCAGUUGGACGAGGCGCGCGGGCUGGCAAACAAAUUGCUGCCAGGGGUCGAAAGGUUGGAGCCAAGCCCCCAGCAAUGGGAGGACAUGAGCGCUCAUGAGCGCUCGCUUCUGAGAGAGAGGCUGGGGCAAGAUGAGAACGGGGAAGAGCUUCACCCGCUGCCAACGGGGCAUGCCUUCCGAGCCGAACAGGACGCCCUGGCGUGCUACUCGUUUCCCGGAUGGGAGCAGAAACGGGGAUUGCCCUGGUAUAGCAGCUUCGAGCAUCCGGGCGGCCGCAGUAGAAGCUCGGAGGAGAACAAGUGCGCAACGGGGAAGUCGAUGACGGAGUGGGACGUUGAGAAUGUUCCCGGAUUGGUGAAAGGGGCCGGAAAGCUCUCGGGGAAGAAGGGAAGUGCCAGUAAGCGGCCAAAGAGGAGCAGGGGGGGCUAUGUGUUCGCGUGCCCCCACAGGUGCAUCUAUGGCUUCCACGUGAUGCUACGCGGAGAGAGCCCAAGGGACGCGUUUGUUGUGCUCUACACUCGGCUGAGGCGGGAGGACUUGCCAGAGGUCGUGGUUCACGACAAUGGUUGUGCCUUGCGCAACUACUGCAUGCGGCGGGAAGGGGCGCAUUUUGCCAAGGUUCGAUUCGUCGUCGACAGAUUUCACUUCUCAAAGGCUGGCCAGGAGGUACACAAGUGUGGUCCCUCGAAUUGCCCGGACACCUACCCGUUCCUUCACUGGGUGAACACUAGUGCAGUGGAGUCGGUGAACUCCUUUCUGAAGGGGUUCAGGAGUCUAGGUUGGUACUCGGGGCUCGAAAGUUUCAUGGUCAUAUUGCCUCUGCUCCUCGGCGGCUACAACCAGACGCUCAAGAGGGUCGACGAUUCCAAGCUUGCAAUUGCAAUAGCAGCAGCCGUGUGGACGGCUGGGGUGCGAACUCGAUUGUUGCAACAAUAA